AUGUUUUUAUUCUAUAAUCGAGCUGUUUUAGUUCAGCACUCAUGCACCGUCAGGAUUCUGCUCACAAACAGAUGUUACUCAGCGUCUCCGGUCAGACUGGGUGCUCUGCAGAGGCUAAAUGAGAAGUGUGAGCAGUUUUUGGAGCAGAGAUUUCCUCACAUUUCUGUCCUGUAUCGAACCCUCAUGAGAGGAUUCCAUCUCUUGUUUGAAGAUGUGAAAGAAGUCAGAAGGAUAAAGCGGGUCAUGCGCACCAGUAACGUCCAAUUUAAAGAGCUGCCAUAUCGAGACAUGGAGAGACUCGUCCUGUUUCGGAGGGACAUGGUUAAAGCUGUUUCACUGCUGGUGAUCUCGAUUCCUCCGUUCGCCAUCGGCUUCGUUUUCCUCCUGAUGUGCCUUUUUCCACGCCAGCUGCUUUUUCGACAUUUCUGGACCCCUCAGCAGCAGAAGAAGUACCAGGCUAUCGACCAUGCGAAACGUGCCCAGUGCCAUGCAGAGAUUCUAAAAAAUAUCAUCAGUGUGGUGCCUAGUGUUAGCGGGUGGCGCCAGCGUACCAUUCUUCUCAACCUGUGCUCCAAGGUUCAGACCGGGACCCGUCCGAGUUUAUCCGAACUUCAGGCUGUACGAGAGAUCUUCUGCUCUCCUCCUCUGGAAUUAAACUCACUAGAACCAGGCAGUCUGAGAUCUUUGGGUUCUCAGCUGCCCAUCAUGGUUUGGUUUCCGAGUUUCAUAACGCGAAGGCGACUCGUCACCAAAGCUCUGGAGCUGCUCUACCUGGACCGCGCGAUGAAAAACCUCGGGCUGGAUCAGCUCAGUGAGGAGCAGAAGAGACAGGCGUGUGAUCUUCGAGGAUUAAAUCCAAGCGAUCUCAGUUCCGGUCAGUGUCGAGACUGGCUUCAACAGUGGCUGCAGCACUCAGCACAGAUCCAAGAAACAGAAACGUCUUUGUUCCUGCACAGCAUGGCACUGCUGACCCUCAACUACCCACCCGUCCCAGAGUGAAGCAGAAACUGGAGCUGGCACGGUCGCGUUUCUUCCACUUCCUGUUUACUUCAGAAUAACCACUUCACCUCUUUUCCUUUGUAUAGUUUACUCACCAGCAGAAACGCCGAUUUAAGAAUUUCUCAUUGUGAUUCUGAUGUAUGAUAUGAUGAUGAUUCUGUCGUUGUUGCCAUGUUUGUUCUGACAGGAUGUGAUUUGGGACCACGUGUAAGUCUUGUACUCAGAAUGGUGCACAACUGUGUUUGUGGAACAAUCAGCAUGGUUUUGGAACCAAAACAAACAAAAAAAAGGGAACAACACAUAUUAAGGACAGAAUUGUCCAAGCCAAUUUUAUUUUAUUUCUGUAAUAUAGAAGUGGUUGUGCACUUUAUAUUUUUUUGUUAUAAGUUUUAUGUCUUAUAUUUUAUAUUAUAUGUUUGGACUGCAGUUUUUCAGUCUGUACAGUUUCAUUUGUUAUUCUCAGGUUCUUCUCUCUGCAUUACACUAUAUGGUGUAAAUAAUCUAUAAAAGUGCUUUUUUAUUUGUUACAUUAGUUUACCACAAUUCUGCCUUUUAUUUCCACUUCACAGGUCAUUUUCUGCAUCUGUUUACAGUACAGGACCGUAAAAGCAGACUUUGUAUGCCAAUGUAAAUAGAAAUAUAUAUAAUAUA